AUGUCACAGUUUGUCAUUAUUGUGCUGUUUGCUAUCAAUGACUCUCAUCAGGACAUUAUUCGUUAUCACUCAGCCGGCCCUGUGGCGCAAUGGAUAACGCGUCUGACUACGGAUCAGAAGAUUCCAGGUUCGAGUCCUGGCAGGGAUGUGGAUGUUGUUCAUUCGAUUGACAAUGAUAGGCUUUCGAAGCUACACUUGCCAACUGGUCGCAUCAAAAGGAGAAUCAGGCAGCUGAAGAAGGUUGAAGACAGAGGAUUUUGUGCAUUGAAUGUAUCACAAAAUGGUAUGAUUGUGAUUGGUGUAAUGAAAGAUGGCCGACUCUUUGCAUGGAAUAAAAAUACUGACAUCGUUGACAACAUAUGUAGUCCCUGCAGUUUAGAAAGUGUCAUUGCUGAAGAGCUUCGCCUUCAGCUCUUUGUAUCUGAUCAUGGAGACAAGAUUGUUUUAUCAGUUGACUUAGCUACGAUUUAUGUGUGGCAUAAACUUUUAGAAAGCAAUAGAGCCCAUACCUUGGAUGUCAGAGAUCAAAGUUAACACACAAAACAUUGAGGGAACAAAUCUGGCAGAAGAGACACAGUCAGAAGAAG